CGAGAAACCACCAGAACGAAGAAUCAACACUAAUGAUGGCAACGGUCAACAUCAACAGUUUCACGUUGAAAUGAGCUCUAAGAGGUUAUCUAUUGGCCUGCGUCACUUCUCUGCGUCUUCUAGGGCCUACAAGGAAUCCAUCAUCUCGUCGUUGAACGUCCUUGCCGAUGCAGCAACGCCGUUGAACAACAUCGAUACCGUGAAGAGGGACAGAAUAGCAUUCACGUCAGGGUAUGAGGUUAAGGACAAGGUGGCAUUCCUCGUAGCCAAUCAGGUGCUCCAGUUUGAUCCCAAGUAUGAGAUCAAGAAUGGGUUUCUAGUGGAAUUUGAGCCAGCCUCACUGGAAUUUCUCAAGCUGAUAAACCCACAGCCUGACUUGAUCACCAUUGGGCUGGGCUCAAAGAGUAGGCUGCUGAGCCAGGUAAACGUCGAACUGUUCCAACAGCUGGGUGUCCGUGUAGAGGUCUCUGAUACUAAGAACGCAGCAAAGAACUUUGACCUCUUAGCCACUGAAAGACCGAAUCAAGUGGGAGCAAUAUUGCUCCCACCGAAUGUCUAGCCAACCGCGUUCCGUUAUUUAUCUAACCAUCUAUUUAUUAAUGUAUUAUCAUACAACGUUG